AUCCUGAGUAACGCCAAACUACUCAAUUUGAUGAUGAUCUCCCGGUACUACGGUCCCCUGGUGGUCAUGAUUAACAAGAUGUGGGUACAGCUACUCAAUGCAGCCGUCAUCCUCUUCCUCAUUAUGCUUGCCUAUGGUGCAGCAGUGCAGGUCUUGCUCUUCCCCCGCUCCACUGAAUACAACUGGGAGCUCGUCUUCAACAUCUUCUACUACCCCUACUUCCAACUGUUUGGAGAGAUGUUUUUCGAAUACUACAACGCCAUCGAUAAGAGCCUCCACCGACGGAAACAGUGGGUCAAACUUGACGUCUCGGGCUUUUUGGGUGGUUCAGGUCACCAGCGUCUUUGUUGGCUAACGCCAAAACCACGAUCGAAGCAUAAAGUGUUCAGCGAUCUCGUUGACCAGUCGCGAAAUAUCUGGAUGGAGAACCGAUUUCGCAUUGUCUUCUACUUUGACCGAAUUGGUGUCCUGCCAGCACCCUUCUCAACUCUCCAUGUGCUCUACAGCCUACUGAAAAGACUUGUUUUCGCAUGUUCUCGCUGUUGUAAAAAGACUCCAAGGGCGUCGUCGGAGCUUGCAGAAACUGCGAGUGCCACGAGCAGAAUGUCGAAUCAGCAUAGCUCGAAUGACCCAAGACUGGUUUGGAGGCGGUACGGCAAAUAUUAUACCCAAAUAGAGUACGGAAUGCGGGCCUAUCUUCACCGUUUUCAAGAAUACUGCGGAAAUGCCUACUACAAAACCGUGGAAAAGGACUCUGCAAAUUCCUUCGACACCCAGAUGAACUCGCUUAUGAGGAGGUAA